AUGAAUUUGAAUCUAGAGUAUGUUUGUUCUGAAAAGGGGACCACCAUUGAACCUCCUAUUACUACACCUGAUGCCUCUGAAAGUGACUACAUGUACGUUGUGAGAUACACGGAUAGGAAUGCCGCUUGCAUUUUGGCAAACAUGACCAUUUCCUUGAAAAUACGUUAUUCUACCAAAGAUUCUGCAACAAAGGAAACCAUUCUGAACGUGCCCAGCGAGAAGGUUGAAACCGAGGGCAAAUGCGACUGUAGAAAUCCUAGUAUGACGCUGGUGUGGUCGGAAGAUCAUCACGCUGACGCCGAUACUCAGAAUCGAGUUACGUUGAGAUUCUUGGGAGACGAUAAUUAUUUCUUCCUACGUUCGAUUUUGGUAGACCUUUAUUUGGAUGUGAAGAAUUUCCCUAGCGCCGAAAACUCAAGAUUCAAUGAAGGUAGAUUUAAUUUGGAACUAUUCUCCACGCCCACGAGACGGAUGCAAAGGUGCGACCUUGAAACCGUCAUCGAACAGCGAAAUCUCCAAGUAACAUUCAACAACGUCGCUUUAAUCGCGUUCAACACUGAUUCAGAUGUUUCUAACAAAAAUGAAUUUAAAUGCCAGUCUAGAAAUGCUCCAAGUCAAGAAAUUGCGGCUUAUGUUUCAGGAAGCAUUGUGAUUGUAGUCGUUAUAGUAAUUCUCGUGGGGCGGAUUUCAAAACGAUUCUGUUCGACCAAAAACAAGGCGACAUAG